AUGUUUCUAAAACACAUCGACCUCACGACCGCUCUCCGGCCUUCCUACUUACCGGAUGAAGUAUUGUUGUUCGUCCAAGACAAUGUCGGGCUAUACGAGGGAAAUGCCAAGCUUCCCCUACAGCAGAAUGGCCAGGUCUACUUGACGUCUCACCGAGUCUGCUACGUCGACAAGGCCGAGCCGCGCAAGCAUUCCGUCGCCCUCGACCUCAAAGAUAUCGAUUCAUACGAGUUCUAUGCCGGGUUUCUCAAAUCAUCCGCGAAGAUCACUCUGAAACCCAAGCCAUUGAAGCGCUCGUCGCUACAAACGAGAGCGUCUGCGAUAUCUUCUCCGGGGAGACCUGGCACUGGGUCUCCUGCCCGAUCAGACAGUCCCUACCGACCACCACCGGAACCAGCGAGUGCUGCAACCUGGGUCUGCACCAUCUGCACCUUUUCGAACCCGGUCCCGUCCAACUUUGAUCCAACAACGGCGAACAUCCACACGCCAUUACCGCCAUGCCUUGCUUGCGGCAUUAAGCCGACGCUGGCGCACGUGCUGAAGGCCUCCAUCACCAACGCGACGAGCCGCACCCCGGCGGGGCCUUCAAGCCCCACGGUCAGCUCUCCUCUGUCGAUGGGCCCGUGGUCUACAUCCACCAGGUCAGGCGACACGGGGUCUCUGCCUCCUUGGCCCGCCGCUUCGAACAUCAACGGCACACCGCAUAAACCGGCCGACCCGAGCACAACCUUUCAGUGCCCUCGGUGCACGUUCCUGAACCACCCUUCCUUGCUAUCCUGUGAGAUAUGCGGGGCUCCCCUGAUAUCGCAAGAUCUCCCCCAGACGAAGGCGCAAGAACAGACCCAAAGAACAGAGUCGCCAGGGCCGGUCUCGAACUCGGCUACACCAGGCCAGGAUACCGCCGAAAACAUCAAGAUUUCCUUUCGCGGCGGUGGGGAGAAGAUAUUCUACGAGCGGCUGAAAGGAGCGCUGACGCAGAGGAAGUGGCUGCUGCAAGGAGCGCCGCCGGUUCCGAAGAGCAACCGGACGAUCGAUGACAACGGUGCCAUUGUACGGACGCCUUCCGCCGCUCCCGAACGUCCCAAGGGCGUUGGUAUCGCCGGGCUGGAACAGCGCGGGCUCGACAUGCGAAAGAAUAACGAGGUGAUGAUCGGCAGCGCUUUCGAGGACUUGGACGCCCUCAUGGCAUCGGCCAAGGAAAUUGUGGCUCUCGCAGAAAGAUUCGCGCGACAGAACGGCGGCAGCGGUGCCGAGGCCAACGCUCUCCUGGCCGAGUCGGCGAGUCAGCUCGGGCUUGUAACCACAAAAGACAUUGUGGGCGGCAGCAGCUCCGAGACGCUGUACCUGUCUGAGCUGUCGAGGAAUCUAGCAGAGUUUCUAACGGACGAUGCGCGCGGUGUUCUCAAGAAAGCGGGAGGGAUCAUCAACCUGGUGGAUCUCUGGGCCAUGUUCAACCGGGCGCGGGGUGGCGUCGAGCUCGUGAGCCCCAUGGACUUUGAGAAGGCGGCCCAGAUGUGGGAGUCGCUCAAGCUCCCUGUGCGGCUGCGCAAGUUCAAGAGCGGUGUCCUGGUCGUGCAAAGCAGCGAGCGCACGGAUGAGACGACGAUCAAGGCACUGGUCUCGUGGCUGGACGACCUCCACGAGUUCCCGCCGGAGAAGGAGCUGGCGUGGGACUGGCGACAGUUUGGGCGCGGCGUCACGGCGCGGGAUGCGGCCGAGCGGUUCGGCUGGAGCAUCGGCGUGGCCGAGGAGGAGCUGGAGAUGGCAGAGGAGAGGGGGGUGCUUUGUCGCGAGGACGGCAUCGAGGGCCUCAAGUUCUGGAAGAACUACAUCGACACGGGGGACGCGAAGCACCGUCGGCGCAGAAGGCAUCACGAAGAGGACGAGGUGGUCAAGGCGCUGCGGGAGAGCGGGCUCAUGUGA